UCCGCCGAGGCGGAGGCCGGCGCUGAGGCUGAGGGGCUCUGGCCGCCCCCCAUCGCCAGUGGCGGCGACGGCGGCGGGAUGGCGGCGACGGCGGCGACAGCGGCUGCAGCUGGCGCGUUGGGCUCGGGAUCCACCGCGGGGCCCCCGGCGAUGGCCGGCGGGACGCCAGCGGCGGCGAUGGCUGUGGCUGGCCCGCCUGGGCCGGUCCCGGUGCCUAUGAACCUAUUCGCGACGUGGGAGAUCGACCGUUCGGCGCCGAGCUGCGUACCCAGGCUCUGCAGUCUGCGCCUGAAGAAGCUCACAGUGCUGAAAGAGCUGGACAAAGAGCUGAGCUCUGUGCUCAUCGCUGUGAAGAUUCAGGGUUCAAAGCGAGUCCUGAGAUCGAAUGAGUACAUCCUCCCACCCGGCGGCCUCAUGGAGACUGAGCUGGAGCUGACCUUCUCGCUGCAGUACCCACACUUCCUCAAGAGAGAUGGCAACAAGCUCCAGAUCAUGCUGCAGCGGAGGAAGAGGUACAAGAACCGCACCAUCCUGGGCUACAAGACCCUCGCAGUGGGCAUCAUUAACAUGGCUGAGGUGAUGCAGCACCCAACAGACGGUGGGCAGCUCCUGGGUCUCCACAGCAACAUGAAGGAUGUGAACAUCCGUGUGGCUGAAAUCAGCAUCUACUCCCUGUCCAGUCAGCCCAUCGACCACGAGGACGGGAACGUCCCCUCGGGCCCUAAAAUCAAAGCUUCAGAUCGCUCCCCAGACAUUGAUAACUACUCUGAGGAAGAGGAUGACAGCUUCUCCUCAGAGCAGGAGGCCAGCGAUGAUGCUGUGCAGGGCCAGGAUCUGUUUGAUGAAGAGGAUGACUUGAGGAAAACCAAGAAGGCGAGGCGGAAAAUGAUCCGAACCACGUCGAUGACCAGACAACCAAACUUCAAGCAGAAAUUUGUGGCUUUGCUGAAGAGGUUUAAAGUGACAGAGGAGGUCCUGGACUCUGACCCAGUUGACCAGACCCAGGAGGUGGAAGAAGACCUGGGCUUGCUCUAUGACAGCCUGGAGGAGUGCAACAACAGUGACAGUGGCCCAGAGAUUGAGGACAAUGAGAGUGUGCACAGCACACCGAAGCCCACACUGAGGCGUUUCUUUGAGGGAGUCUCUCAUUCUGGUUCCCAGACUGAGAUCGGCAGUCUGCACAGCCAGAAAGGGCAGGAUCAAGAGUCGGGCAGCCCUGGUGAGGCAGACAAGAGGAAGCCAGGAGCACUUCGACCACAGGAAGAGCCAGGAGUGGAGGUCCCUGCAGUGGAGCUGCCCGCAGAGGAGCCAUCCUCACGGCUUAACCCCACAGAGGCUGCCACCAGGGAGGGUAGCGCAGACAGGCUGGCCCAGCUGGGACCUGGGACCAAAGCCGAGCUCCCCAGUGCUGUGUCCCCCAGCAAGUCGGAGAGCAAGCAGCUGUGGCGCCCCCGCAGCACCUCCGUGAAGGACCGGCAGAGCUCAAAGGGACAGGGCGGCCGUGCCAGCAGCCUGGACAGUGAGAGCUCUCCAGACUCAUGGCAGAGCACCCAGGUGCCCCGCAAGUCUGUUUACGACCAGCUGAACCAGAUCCUGGUGUCAGAUGAGCAGCUCCCCGAGAGCAUCGUGCUGGUGAACGUUGCUGAGUGGCAGGGGCAGUAUGUGAGUGAGCAGCUCCAGGCGCACAAGCAGUUGGUGGUGUCCACCUGCUCCGUGGCAGACAUCCAGGCAGCCUUCAACACCACUGUCUCCCGCAUCCAGCGAUACUGUAACUGUAACUCCCACAUGCCUCCCCCGGUGAAGGUGGUGGUGGCAGGGGACCAGAGCUACCUGAGCGUUGUCCUCCGUUUCUUCGUGGAGCAGCUCGCCAGCAAGACCCCCGAUUGGCUCAACUACCUUCGCUUCCUGCUCGUGCCGCUGGGCUCCCACCCCCUGGCCAAGUACCUGGCCUCGGUGGAUAACAAGUACAGCACCCUCUUCCUGGACACGGCGUGGCGGGAACUGUUCAGCAGGGCUGAACCUCCCGUUGCAGACACUGUGGACAUUGCAGGCCGAGUUGCCCAGUUCAUUGCUGGAGCCAGCCUCUCUCACCAGCUCCCCAUCUCUGAGGCCAUGCUGACCUACAAGCAGAAGAGGAAGAGAAGUCUCUAUUUUGAUUUUUAUAUCAGCCCUGACGAGGACUCCUGCCAGAAGUUUGUACCCUUCGUGGGGGUGGUGAAGGUGGGCCUGGUGGAACAAUCCUUCAGUGCCUCAGUGGAUUCCGAUGAUGCAACGGUCUGCACCCCGUCCCUGCUGAGCUCAGUGCCCGCCACCGGUGGCGCCACCCCGUACGGCAAGGAGACUGUGAGCACGCCACCACCCUCCCCGUCCGUCAGCAGCGGCCUCUCGGGCGUUGGGUCUCUGAGCCCUGGUGUGGAGGUGAUGGGCCUGCAGGUGGACUACUGGACAGCACAAGGGCCAGACAGGAAGAAGGAGGGCGAGAAGCGGGAGACGGGCAUCAAGAACACGCUGAAGAGCAACUUCCGCUCGCUGCAGGUCAGCCGCAUCCCUGGCACGGGGGAGCUGGUGUCCCCUAACACCAUGGCCAUGACUGUAGUCACCAAGGAGAAAAACAAGAAAGUGAUGUUUCUGAGCAAGAAACCAAAAGAGAAGGACAUCGAGCCCAAAAGCCAAGUCAUUGAAGGGAUCACACGCCUCAUCUGCACUGCCAAGCACCAGAACACCAUGCUGCGAGUCUCCAUAGAUGGGGUGGAGUGGAACGAUGUGAAGUUUUUCCAGCUGGCAGCACAGUGGCCAACGCAUGUCAAGUACCUCCCCGUGGGCAUCUUUGGCUACUCCAAGAGUGUGUGAGAUGCAGGAGCAGCUGCAGAGCGUUGCAGGAGGAGGUGGGGAGGUGGAGAAGGACUUGCUCAUCCCCUCUCUUCUGCGGCCCAGCCCAUGCCUGCUCUGCAGAGGGAGGUAUCACCUGCACUGCUCCCUGUGGGCCAAGACCCGUGAAGGUGAGGCCAGUGAGACUGGGUCCGUGCACCCUCCAGCAUCAGCCAGGGUACCAUGCCAUUUGCCUCCCCUGACCCCCAACAGCAGCCUGGGACAAGGGUUGGCACCAGCUCUGGGCUACCAGGCCAGCUCCCCAGCCAGCAGGGUGGCCCCAGCUGGGCUGGGCCCGGGCAGGUUCCCCAGCGCUGGAGCCAACAGGAUUCCUUGUGGGGGGAGGCAGGUGUUGUGCAGGGCCCACCAGUUCUGUGCCACCCCACGCCAGCUCCACUGCCAGCCUCCUGCUGCUGUGCCUGGCCCUGUCCUGCCCGGCUGAGCCUUGGCAGCUUUUCUAGUCCUUGCCGCAGCGCUGCUGCUGAGGCUGGCAUAGCUCUGCUUGGGCCAGCCCCCCUCCUCUCCCCGAAGAGCCCUACCCCCGGCGCUGCCAGGUGGAGGUGUGCCCUGGGGGGCACCUGGGGGGUUUGUUGUUUUCUGUUGGUUUUUUUUUUACAAGAUUCUAUUUUUUUUAACUUUAUUGUACGGUUACUUUUCAGGCUUAAUUUUAAUAAAUUAAUGCUGGUACCAGUAGAGCUCA